GAGGGAGGGAGGGAGGAAAGAAGGAGGGUGCUGGGAGCUGAGGCCCCACCUUUCAUUUCAGCAAAGUGCACAGCCAGAGCAGGAUGAAAUCACAGGCAUAGGUAAGGGACUUGGACUCCUCUCUCUGGGAAAACGGGGCACUUGCUCUGUCUGGAGUGGCCUUGGCAGGGCAUUGGAGCCAUUGGUCUGCCCAGUCUGGCCUCUGGGCCCAGGGCUGGGUUUCCCUCAUGUAUGGCAAGAACCCUACUCGUGUGGUGCUUUUUCUCCUGGGCAUACAGCUCACAGCUCUCUGGCCCAUAGCAGCGGUGGAAAUUUAUACCCCCCGGGUGCUGGAGGCUGUUAAUGGGACAGAUACCCGGUUAAAAUGCACUUUCUCCAGCUUUGCCCCUGUGGGCGAUGCUCUAACAGUGACUUGGAAUUUCCGUCCUCUAGAUGGAGGCCCUGAGCAGUUUGUAUUCUACUACCACGUGGAUCCCUUCAAACCCAUGAGCGGGCGGUUUAAAGAUCGGGUGGGCUGGGAUGGGAACCCAGAGCGGUAUGACGUCUCCAUCAGGCUCUGGAAACUGCAGUUCGAUGACAAUGGGACGUACACCUGCCAGGUGAAGAAUCCCCCCGAUGUUGACGGGGUGAUAGGGGAGAUCCGGCUCAGCGUCGUGCACACUGUACGCUUCUCUGAGAUCUACUUCCUGGCUCUGGCCAUUGGCUCUGCCUGUGCAGUUAUGAUCAUAAUAGUAAUUGUGGUGGUCCUCUUCCAGCAGUUCCGGAAAAAGCGAUGGGCUGAAAGAGCUCAUAACGUGGUGGAGAUAAAAUCAAAAGAAGAGGAAAAGCUCAACCAAGGGAAAAAAGUCUCUGUUUAUUUAGAAGACACAGACUAACAUCUCUAGAUGGAAGCUGAAGAUGUCCAAGAACAAGAACUCUGGUAUUUCUUGAAGUUAAUGGAACGUUUUCUUUGGCUUUUCCAGUUGUGAACUGUCUUCCGACCAAUUCUGCAGCACAUAUCUACGUAGAUAAGCGACAUUCCUCUAGCGUCAGCAUAGGGCUAAUUCCUGGUAGAUACCACCAGACUCACAUACAACCUCAUUAUGAAGGUUUUAUUUAAUUUCAGACUGAAGACAUUUUUCAAAUGCUCUUUACCUCUUGUACUAAGGAACUGUAUUUUUGCUCUUAAACACUCCUUAUGGAUUAUAACUUGUAUAUACAUCGAUUGCCAUCAAAGGGGGUAGGAGCCAAAUUGUCAUGCCAUUUCCUUUUACAUAUUGGUUUCGUUAGAGAAAUACUCUUGUUAUAAAAGUUAAUGUGGUCACUCGCUUUUCUUCCCACAUUCUCAAUUAAAAGGUGAGCUAAGUCUCCCAGCUGUUUUGGAUUGAUUACAUGUACUAGGAAGUUCUAAAUUCAAACUGGUAAACAAUAUUUUUGUGGGUUACCUGAAGUAUGCUACACAUCUUCUUUCAUUGAACUUCUUUCAGUAUCCCAGGUGGUAGGCUUUGCUGUUGUUGCCAUUGAUUAAUGCAAGGUUUACAAUAGCACAAGGCUAAAUCACGUGGUAACUACAAAAGGUCACAUAAACGCUAAUGAAUUGGCAUGUGCCACUUCAUAUUGUUUGUCACCUUUUUUCUAUGUUGUAGAAAAUAAUAAGGACGUAGGUUUUCCAUGAGCAGCGAUUGACUAUUUAGCUUCCUAUACUUCCCCCUCACCCAGUUCAAUGAUCUGUAACAACAAUCUAUGCUCAUUUUUAGACUGGAGUCAUGAAGCCGUUGAACCUAAGGACUCAGAAAUAGUUAGUACACGACUACUUUGAAAAUAGAAGGCUGGCGAAAAAAAAUCAACCCUAAAUGAUAAAAUUGUACAGUAUUCUGCAAAGCUCUGAGACCUGAGAUUAUUUAAAUUCCUUCUUUAUUUUUUGGGGUUGCAAUUCAUCACUUACUGGGGGCUGGGGAAAUUGGGUAUGAAGUCAAGAAAUGCCAACACUACUUCAACUGAAGGAAACCAAUUUUGUUCUUUUUUCUCCUUAUAGUGGUAGAUAAAGCAGACUUUAUAAGUAGGCUAUGGAAAGAAGAGUGUCUUUUUUUUUUGAGACAGAGUCUUACUACGUCGCCCUCAGUAG